GCGUUAUUUGAUUACCAAAGUAAUCGAAUGAAAAUGUCAAAAUGGCUCUCGUAAGAGCUGUUUAUAUUGUAAAAAUCAACUCAUUUUAUAUAUUUUAAGAUGAGAAAUCCGUAUAAGUGAGUGUUUUUAAUUAUGUUACAUAAUACGGGCCCUUUCGGGCCGAACGACGUGCCAGUGAAUGUGAAUCCGCAAACUAACAUGACCUCUGUGAGUGGAAGGAUGAAUAUUGGGAAUAACAUAAAUAAUUUAGCGAAAAUACCACAACAGUCGCCUCAGAUGGCGAACCCGCACUUCAAUUUACCCGAUUAUCCGACCUACGGGUUGAAUAUGAACGCAGGAUUGAGCCCAUUUCAAAAUUUUCACCAUGUUGGCUUUCAACAAAAUCCGCUACCGCAGAACUCGAUUCACGACAGCUGGCAGAACAACAUGUUACCUAUGAAUUUGAACAUGCAGGGUGAACAUUCCAUGUUGGGGUUUCCUCAAUACGGCAAGCCAGACGUGAGCGAACAAAGCUUCACAAAGAGCAUGCUGAAUGUACCACAGGUGCACACCAAGGCGUUCCACAAACAAAUGGGUAUGGAUGUCAACUACCACUACAAUCUAAACCCUAGUUACCGUCCGUACGCUGACUACAACCUAGAUUUGAGUUCCAAAACUAAGUCUGAUGAUGUCAGGCAGUUUGUUGAUCCGAAUAUCUCGAAGGAGCGAACAGCGCCUCCGCACUAUUCUGAACAAAUAGACUUGAGCAAUAAACACAAAAUGCACAACUUCAGCCGACCAUACCUAGACACUUCCAUUACAAAAUCUGUGAUCCCUCAAAAGCAUGAUAGUGGUAGUGUAAAUAUAACUAAUGAUUUAAGUGUGCAGCUACAGAGAUCAAAAGACAAACAUCCAUACUAUGACUACAGUACCAGUAUCAAGCCUCAACUGGGAUUAGACAAUAGAUAUGGAGAAAGUGAGUUAGACUUAUCAAAGUCACUGAAACAAAGUACCUUGAACAGUAACUACCAGAAUUUAAGUGCAGACAGAUUCUAUAAGGAUCAAGAGAUGAGGCCUCAGAGCAACGAUUUGUUGCCCAAGUUUCAGCAGCCCAACAACUUAAACACAAAUUUCCCAAGUGUCACUGCUGACUUAAGAAUGUAUAAAGAUCAGGAGAGACUGUCUCAGAAUUUAGAAAAGAUACUGACUAAACCUCAAUCUGAAAAUUUAAAUACAUCUUUUCCCAGCAUCAGUUCAGAUCUCAGAUAUUAUAAGGACAAAGAAUCCAGGUCACAAAAUUUAGAAGCCAUAUUGAUGUCUAAAACACAAAAACCUGAGACUUCAAAUGCAAGUUUCUCAAAUACCACUGAUGCACAUCGAUAUCUUAGUGAGCCUAAGCCAAAUCCACCAGCUGCUGUUGAUACAUUACUCAAAUUUCCUCAAAAUGAAAUUAAUUUAAGCACCAACUCAACAAAAGUUAGCUCCGAGCUAAGAUCGUACAAGGGUGAAGAUCCAAGUCCACAGAAUUUAGAAAAGAGUUUAUCAAAACCUCAACAACCUGAAAAGUUAGUGACCAGUUACCAAAACAUUAACUCUGAUUUGAGAUUUUAUAAAGACCAAGACUCCAGACGUCGCAGUUUGGAGAACACAGUCAAAAUGAUAGAGAACAUACUUUCACAUUCAUCAAACUCUAGAAAAAGUAACCUCACCCAGAGCAAAACAACAGAAGCUCAGCAAAAUGAACAAAAAGAAAAAUCUGAAGUAAAAGACAUGGAAACUGAGAGUUUAAAUAAAAGUGACAUAAACAAUAGCAACACAACUGGUGAAGGUGACUCCAGUGUUGACAAUUUGUCAAAUUGUGACAAAACAGAUGACUCCAACGCAAACACCAGCAAUGAAUUGGACGACAAUGCAAUUGACGACGAAAUGGAAAUGGAUGAUAAAAACCCAUCAGAUGACACAGAAUCUGAAACAGAUAAUCUUAACAAUGAAUCUGAAGUCAACCACAAAACCAAUCAAAUUGAAAAGGAAGUAAAUAAAACUGAUGUAACCGUAAAAGACAAUGUAAAAUCAGAGAGUGAAGAAUCUUCAUCAGAAGAAGAAGACAUCAAACCAGAAGAUUUGAUAAAUAUAAAUGAUAUUAAAAAAGAAGAAAAAAUAGAUGACAAUAUUGUUGUGAAGGUGGAGGUGGUGCCAAGUUUAGUGGACAUGGAACAUUUGAACCCAUUCUACAGAGAUGUGUUUGGAGUGCAAAGCGAGGAUACAGUUAGUCAAGACAUCAUUGAAGCUGAGACCAGUGUCACUGUUGCCAAGGAGGUCAUCAGGAAUGGAGCAGCAAUAGAAGGUGCAUAUUUCGAAUGCCCCCACUGCAGUCUUUACUUCAAUCAACCAAAGAGGUUUCUCAUUCAUACAAAAUGGCACAGCUUCGGGCUAACCAACGAGAAGAGAAUGGAAUUGCAAAGAGAAAAGGAAAUGAGAAAACAGUUGAAGAAAGAAGCUAGAGUGAUAGAGAGGAUGAACAUGCAGGAAGUUAGUGACAUAAGCGCUCCAGGAAGGAAGUUUAACUGUAGGGAUUGCGAUAAAGUGUUUUUUGCCAAGGCUAGUCUGAAGAAUCAUAGACAAAGAUAUCACCCUACCCGCAUGCGCGACUGCAAAAUCUGCGGCAAGACCGUGCUGGGCUGGAUGGCGCUCCGCACGCACAUGGCGACGCACACGUGCGAGUCGGGCUACCAGUGCGACAGCUGCCCCAAGCGGUUCAAGCACCCGCACUCGCUGGCCAAGCACCGCGACACGCAUCUGGAGAAGACGCACGCGUGCCCGCAGUGCCCCAAGAAGUUCGGCUCGGCGAUGUUGUUGAACGUGCACGCGAAGACGCACGAGCGCGCGCUGCGCGGCGCCACCUUCCGCUGCACCUACUGCGGGAAAGGGUUCUUCGAGUCCUACAGCCUACAGGUCCACGAGCGCACGCACCGCAACGAGCGUCCGUACCUGUGCGAGAUCUGCAACACCAGCUUCGGCACCAACUCCAGCCUGAAGAGACACUUGAAAGUCUCCCACAGCACAUCAAAACCCUUCGAGUGCGCGACGUGCCACCGCUCCUUCAUCUCCGAAGCGAUCCGCGACCGGCACGCGAUGCGUAACCAUGGCAACCCGGAGGACUUCAAGUUUGUGUGCAAGCAGUGCCCCUGCAAGUACCUCAAGCUGAAGGACCUCCGCAAGCAUAUGUACAAGGUGCAUCCUAAGGGAAAGAGGAAGAAAAAGGACCAAUCUGAUACUGAGUAAAUUUUUUGAUAUUAUAGUAGGAGAUUCGUAUUAGAAACGACCUUCACCCAUCUGUUUAAUGGAUGAAAAAUGUUUUAUUAAAGUUAUAUCAAAAUGAAAUGGCCUCCGGCCAAUACAACAUCGUCUCCAGGUAUACCCCUGUAUACAAGUUUAUGGAGAGGAUAAUAUGAUGUAUAAAUAAGGAUCUGGUUCAAUAAUUGGCUUAUUAAAAGUAUGUUUUUUUUUUUAUUUUAAUAAAAAUGUAUUUUUUAACAUACAAAAUUUUAAAUAGUAAUUUUCAUCCAUUAAACAGAUGGGUGAAGGUCGUUUCUAAUAUGGAUCUUGGACUAUUCGGCUCUUCUUCACAGGUGCUUCAACAAUUUUCUGUGGGCCUAGCAUGCGACCAAGUGAAGAGAAAUAGACUUUAAUUUCUGAAUUAACUUUUUAUUGUUAUACUAAGAGUCUUUUAGUAAAAAGUUAGCGGUUCCAACCGAGUAUUUCUUACGUUCCCGUAGGAAUACGGGGAUAUAAUAUAGCCUAUAGCAUUCGGGGACAGUGCAGCUUCCCAACAGUGAAAUAAUUUUUCAAAUUGGUUCAGUAGUAUUGGAGCCUUUUCCACUCACAAACAAUCAAAUAUUUCCUCUUUAUAAUAUUUGUAUAGAUAAAUAAAUUAAAUAAUGAGCCGUUAAAACCCAGUGGAUAUGACCUCUGCCUCAGAUACUGGAGGGUGCAGGUUUGAAUCUGGUCCGGGGCAUGUACCUCCAACUUUUCAGUUAUAUUAAGAAAUUAAAUAUCAGUAUCAUUUGAGACAUCAAAUGGUGAAGGAAAAGCAUCGUGAGGAAACCUGCAUACCAGAGAUUUUUCUUAAUGCUCUGCGUGUGUGAAGUCUACCAAUCCGCAUUGGGCCAGUGUGGUGGACUAUUGGCCUAAGAGGAGACUCGAGCUCAGCAGUGAGCCAAAUAUGGGUUGAUAAAUGAAAUACAUUAAUCAUUUACUCAGCUAUUGCACGUUCAUUUUAGAACAAAGGAACGCCUGUGAAGGAGAGUUUUUAUGAUUUUGUAAUCAAUGUUUAUAUUGAUUAAGGAAAAUCGAUUUUCCAAUAUUGAUUAUAUCAUUUUGUUAACAAAUCGGUUUUGUGCAAUCGAUUGUAAUAUCAGGUGAAUUACCCGCCUGCACCAAAAGGAGGGUAGUGUUUUUAUAAUAGACACAUAGAUUAUAAUCAGUAGAUACAAGAAGUAUUGAAAGUUUGAUAUAGCAAAGUUAGAUAGAGUUUUAGAGAUUCUACACACAAGCGUUGCGGAAUGACAUAGUCAAAAUUAAUUUAUUUCAAUUGAGCUUAACUUGCAAGCAUUUUUAAAACGUCAAGUUUUUAGGUUAUUCGCUAAAUCGGGCGCAUUCAGAAAAUUGCUUAUCUUCCAUUUCAAACAUAUUUAGUGCAUUUUGACAAUAAAUGCAUGUUCUUCUUAUGUAGGAUCCGUUCCUUGCUUGUUCUGCAAAGUGUCGCUCUAGUUUAAUAUGCAAUUUAGAAAAGGGCACAUGUCUGAAAAUUUAAAAUGUCUAGGAAUAAAUAAAUAAAUUGAUUGAUUGAUUGAUUGGAUUUCAAAAAACAAAUUAUUUUCCAAAACAGUGUAUAAUCGAUUGUAAUAUCAGGUGGAUUUAGCGUUCCGGUACGAUGUCGUGUAGAAACAAUUAGGGGUGUGGAUUUUCAUCCUCCUCCUAAUAAGUUAGCCCGCUUCCAUCUUAGACUGCAUCAUCACUUACCAUCAGGUGAGAUUGUAAGUAAUCAAGGGCUAACUUGUAAAGAAUAAAAAAAAAAUCAUUCAUCAUCAAGUCUAUAUCUAUGUCAUCAAAAAGCAAGUUUGUGAUGACAUAGAUUUUCGCUAUAUAGAAAGAAUACCCAAGCGCUCCACGAUACUAAAUUAAUUGUAUCCAACCUUCAAGGUUUUAAAAAAAAUUAUCCAAUUGGUCAAAAACCUUGAAGGUUCGAUACAAUUAAUAGAUUUUCGCGACACGCACGCUAGUGUGUAGAGGCUUUUUAAUCUCUAGGCACUGAUUGGUAUUCCAUUCCAUCGAAUGAUAGGAUGUGUAGAAAAUAAAAAUCUUGAGGACGCCAAAAUUCUUAGGUGUUUAGGUGGUUUAGGGUUUUUUGAUAUACUGUGAAUGUAGUAAAGCCAUAGUGAAUAAUAAUAAUUAUGUAUUUAUUAGUUCUUUUGUGGAAUUUUGUAAGUUUUCAGGUGAAAGGUGUUAAAUAUAUUAUACAAAGUUGUGUUAUUCUAUUUUCUUUAGACAGUAUGGCUUUGCAUGUAUUGAACUGAAGGUCUGUUGCCUACAUUACUUUUAUGAAGUUUUUUUUUAGAAAUGCACGAAAUUAAAAUAAUAUUAUCUUAUUUACUUUAUAAAUUAAUUUACCUCUUACACUAAAGCAAUAAAAAAGUAUAGACGACAAUUUAUUUUUUAUAGUGUAUAUUUAUGUUAAAAUCAUCCCUACUGACGUGGGAUGAAAGAUUGAAUAUCCAUAAAUUCUCUUAAUUAAAAGGCAUAUAAAAGAGAACCAAUUAAAAACAAAGCUUCAAGCAAUAAUUAGUUAUUAUAGAUGCAUUAGGGGAAGAAACCCUAAGAACAUUUGAACUAAAAAUUAAUUAAUUGGUCGAGUUGACGGACCACAAUGAAUUAUGGUAUACAAAUUAUUUUGUUCUUUAAAUUGUUAAUUAUAAAAAUGUACAGUAUUACUGUAUUUUAUUAUAUCAAUGUUUUUAACUAGAACGUUUACUAGCACAUCUUUUUGUAAUAUAAAUUUAUAGAUGUAAUAUAAAUUCCAAUUCUAGUACCUACUUUACUAAAAGUUAAAUAAUAUUUAAUAGCAUUACCCGUCAGUAAAAACUUUACAUUAAAUUGAGAGGUCUUGUUAUAUGGAGAUUAGAGGUAACGCUUUAUGAAAAGUUCCUGUCAAAAUGUGUUGACUGAAGAAGGCGCCACUGUAGCACCAUGAUUUUAUCUUUUAUUUCUACCCUCAACAAAUAAACAUUUAAAUUUAAUAUUUUCUCAUUUCAUAUCAACGCUGUUUGACAAUAACGCCAUGUAGGAUUUGAAAUAUAACAUAUAGAAGCAGCGAUUAGUGAAAAAAUCAUUUUUUUUUGUUUUGUUAUUCUAUACAAAAAUCUGACGAAUGCAAGAGACAACCUCGCCCAGACCUGACGAAAAGCCCUCUACGUGCGUUGCCACUUUUUCUCGGAAAUAUCAAAAUAAAUCAACUAUUCCAUAGAUUUAUAACACAUAGAUAAUGUGUAGUCGCAGGAUUCUUAAGCCGUUUUAUGUGCCCCGAAAAGGGAGCCCAUGACGCUACGACACGUACGCUUUUGUGCGUGUCGGCGAGGUUAAUUAGCUUAACUCUUACGCUCACAUAUAGAAGUGGCUUACGUUUGGAGUGUAAAAUUGUUAGCUGUUGCAGGUCUAUAGGCUAAAUAUUAAAUUAUUAUUAUUUAGUAUUUUAGUCGAGUACGAACGAUUUUUAGGCGAUAAAUUCAAAAAUUUUCGUACUCGACUAAUUACUAAGGUAGUCUGUACAGCCUCUUAGUCUAAUAAACUAUUAAUUGUUUACAAUUUAACACUCUACCCUCCAUUUUUUGUUGUUUUGCACGACAGAGCGCUCUACAAACUCCAAUUUUGUGGAUUAUAGCUUGGUAAAUGCUUUCGUAACACUCUCGAUAGUCCGCGCGGGCCGGGAGUCCUUCCCUCUGCCCCCCGCGCGCUCGAAUUCACACCCGCACAGUCCGUUCCCCCCGUCGCCCGCAUAUUAUGGGAGUGUCAUCAACGACAACAACAGUGAGUGUCAUCAACAACUUGCCAAGCUGUAGAUACUUUCUUUCUACAUAGCUGUAUGUAAUUCUAUUGCCGGGUAAUGUUCAUAACAUACAGUCAAGGGACUGUGACACACUUAGAAAUCUAACCAUUAGCCCUUACAUUAGCUGCUGGAUCAAAUCUAAGUUCAGAAGCACGCUUACCUACUUUGACUUAUUUGUAACGAGUCUUAGCAUUGCGAAAAAUUAAUUUUGCAUGAUACAAUUAUUGUGUUACUGGUAUAAAGAAUUUGUACCAGUGAAAGACUAAAGGAAAAAGAUAGACAGCCUGAUAAAAAUAAACCGGUUUUUAAAAAUUAAUCAUAGAUUAUAAUUUACAAUAUGUUUUUCCUCACUUGCAAUGCUUGAAAAAAUUUUGAAAUAUAUUAUAACACCCAUUAAAGUUACAGCCCCGUUUGUCCUUUUUCCUUUAAUUAAAAAUACUGCAGUGACAUUUUAGAUCUGUUACAUACAAAAAUCGAAUAGAUAAUAUAAUUAGUAAUCCAUCAAAAUACAAUAUAAUUAUAUACUUUAUAAAUAUUGUGUUGUAAUAUAUUUAUUAUUAACGUUAGAUAUUGGGCAGAGUUAGUUUAUAAGUGUUGUUAUAAUUUUUUCUUUUGUUUAUUUUACUUUUUAAUGUAUUCAUAAUUUUAAAUAAUCUCAAUAAUUCGGCAACAAAUUUAUUAAUAAAGUAGCAUUUGUCAGGUAAUGCAGGUAAAAUAUUCCAAGAGUCAGUUUAGUCACCUCUUUUCAUAAGUAGGUAUAUUCAUAAGUUUUGUCCUUUGACAUACCUAAAGUAUGAAAGUGAUAAAAAUGGUUAUAACAGAUUAUCCAACAUCAAGAAAAUGUGGUGAUAUCGGCCCUUGUUUAUUUUUUGUUAACAUAACGAAAAUACACAGAAUUACUCUGUCUAUUUUUCUUUGAUCAUAGACAUCAAUGUCAACCUUUCAAUAAGUAAAACCAAGGGACAUAAUUUCAAAAGACUUGCCGUUUUUAACUAGGUAUCGAAUGUCACAAAAAUUAAGUAAAGAAAACCUGCAAGAAAAUAACACAGAACAAUAUUGAAUUUUCAUCCUUAGAUGAUUAUUACCAGCAGAUACCAUAUUUAAUAUUCAUUUGAAAAGGUGGAAAGGCUUAAAGAAAAUCAUGCACUUUAUUUUGUAAUUUAUAAGAAUAGAAAAAUAGUUAUAGAAACUAUGUCGUGUGUUUUAUUAAUUAUGUAAUAAUAUUAAUAUAAAGUAUGUAAAGUUUAUAGAUAAUUAAAUAUUAUUAAAAUUAAGAAUUUACCAAAAUUGUAAACAAAAUAUUAUUGUCUUUGUCACAGAAAAUAAAUAUUUCAGUUUUAUGUGUACCCACACAA